GCGGUGUUUCUCUGUGUUGUCCAGGCUGGCAUCAAACUUAUGGGAUCAAGCGAUCCACCCACCUUGGCCACCCAAAGUGCUGAGCUUACAGGCAUGAGCCAACACACCUGGCCCUGGGACUCUUAAGUGGUAUUUUUUCAGACAUUUGAUCUAGGAACCUUGGAGAAACCCGAAAGCCAAGGUCCUAACUCCAUGACACGUAGUAUGGAGGUAUUCCCAUUCCAGUGAACCUGUGUAAAUACACUUAGAAGGUUAACCCUGGAUUUUGUGCCAGGAAGCAAAAUCCUUAGAGAUAAGACGGAUGAGAGCGGGGAGUUGAUGUUAUUGACGUUCUGUUUGGCUCCAUACUGGAGAACAGAAUGUGGAGUUGAGGGAGGAGGAAGGAAGAUCAAUGUUGAGGCUGAUUCCAUAAUCCAGGUGAGGGUUAAUGAACAAUUCAUGGCUAAGAAGAUGUGGCUGGAGUCACUAUUCACAUUUUGCAAAGGGGAAGCUAGAUUUUAAUAUGAUGGUAAAUGUGUGAAAGAGAGGUUUCAGGUAUGACCCCAUAGUUUUUGGUCUUAGCAGCUGUACUGAUAGAGGCUGUAUCAGCUGAGAUGAGCAAGUUGACAGUAGGCAUAACAUUCACUGGGGUUAUAAGGAGCGUUGUUAAGAAUCUGAGAUGAUUCAGAGACCAGUAAGUAGAGGCAACAAGUCAGUAAUGUCCACAUAGGUUGGGAUAUCUGGAAAUGAACUGAUAUUGGGGCCAUGCAAUAUAUAGAAAUGAAUGUGUGGACUAAGGUGAGUUAGCCAAGGGUCACGUUUAGGAGGGCACACUUCAGAUUAACAUGCUAAAUCUUUUAGCGGGCCAGGAAUCAGUGAUUGGAGACUGAAGACUGGAUUCCUUGCUUGGAUCCCUAGCUGACAUUAUUGUCAUUCAUAAACACAGAACAGGGAGAUAAGUGACAAUGAAGGUAAGAUGUAUCUGACAGCAUACUUUGUCAGGGACAUGGCCUCCCAAAGUGCUGGGAUUACAGGCUUGAGCCACCGCGCCCGGCUACUCUCUCUUAUCCACAGUGAAAUCCCUCUGUGGUGAGUGGUGUCCCUCUUACCAGUUUGUGAAUAUAUUUUAUUUUUAAACUGCUGUUAAUGGCAUCUGUCGAGUAUUGGUUGUCAUUUAUUUUGCCCCUUUACAAUACAACUCUAGCGGGAGAUUUUCACCCACACUAGUAGAAGAAAAAGGAGGGCAUGAAUACUUCAAGUUGUUUAAAGGCUAGAGAGAGGCCAGUGGUGUGUGGCAGUCAGCUGGGGAUGGACAUGGAUAUGUACCUGGGAAGUCUAAAGAAUGUGCUUUCAGAGAGGGUAUCUCUGCUGUACUGAAGGUGCCACAUUGGGCUCUCCAUGACCUCGGCCAUACUAGGGGAAGUGCCUGUCAGGAGGGGGUGGACUUUAUGUCACAGCCACCGCACAGAUACCUAUUUGUUCACCUAAUUAUUGUUGGUGGUGGCUCUACCCCAUGACCAGUGGGCCUAGUUUCUCCUAUGUUUGAGGACCUUGAGGAGGACAUGCAAGAGUGGAUGUGUGGGAGAGAGGGAUUGUGAUACCUCAGCAUAGGGGCCGUUUGUAGUUUCAUCUGUCAACGUCAUAACAGGGCACAGUGACUUUUGAAGACGUGGCUGUGAACUUUACCCAGGAGGAAUGGAAUCUCCUUAGUGAGGCUCAGAGAUGCCUGUACCGUGAUGUGAUGCUGGAGAACCUGGCACUUAUAUCCUCCCUGGGUUGUUGGUGUGGAGUGGAAGAUGAGGAAGCACCUUCUAAGCAGAGUAUUUAUAUACAAAGAGAGACUCAGGUCAGGAUUCCUAUGGCAGGUGUGUCUCUCAAGAAGGUCCACCCCUGUGAGAUGUGUGGCCCGAUCUUGGGAGACAUUUUGCACGUUGGAGAUCAUCAGGGAACACAUCCCAAGCAGAAACUGCACAGCUGUGAGGCCUGGGGGAAUAAAUUGUAUGACAGUGGAAACUUUCAUCAACACCAGAAUGAGUACAUUGGAGAGAAACCCUACAGAAGCAGUGUUAAGGAAGCGUUGUUUGUGAAGAGGUGUAAGUUCCAUGUGUCAGAGGAGUCAUCUGUCUUCAGUCAGAGUGGAAAAGACUUUUUGCCCAGGUCAGGAUUACUCCAGAAAGAGGCCACUCACACUGGGGAGAAGUCAAACAGAAAAACCGAGUGUGUGUCUCCCUUUCGUGGGGGAAAAACUCAUUACAGCUGUGGAGGAUGCAUGAAACAUUUUAGCACCAAACAUAUACUCAGUCAGCACCAGAGACUGCUCCCUAGAGAAGAAUGUUAUGUGUGGUGUGAAUAUGGGAAAUCCUUUAGCAAAUACAAUAGCUUCAGUAAUCACCAAGGAGUUCACGCUAGAGAAAAACCUUAUACAUGUGGGACAUGUGGGAAAUUAUUUAACAGUAAGUCCCACCUCCUUGUUCACCAGAGAAUUCACACUGGAGAGAAGCCGUAUGAAUGUGAGGUUUGUCGGAAAUUUUUUAGGCACAAGUACCACCUCAUUGCACACCAGAGAAUUCACACUGGAGAAAGGCCAUAUGAAUGCAGUGACUGUGGGAAGUCAUUUACCCAUAGCUCUACAUUCCGUGUUCAUAAGAGAGUUCACACUGGUCAGAAGCCUUAUGAGUGCAGUGAAUGUGGGAAAUCUUUUGCUGAAAGCUCCAGUCUCACUAAACACAGGAGAGUUCACACUGGAGAAAAGCCUUACGGGUGUAGUGAAUGUGAAAAAAAAUUUAGGCAAAUCUCUUCACUUCGUCAUCAUCAGAGAGUUCACAAAAGAAAGGCCUUAUGAGUGCAGUGAGUCCAGUCUCAGUAAAUACAGGAUAGUACACACCUGAGUAAGAUCUUGUGAUUGCAGCAAAUGUGGAAAAUGUUUACCCGAAGGUCUGCUCUCCUUGGAUAUUGGAGAGUUCACACUAGAGAAGAGUCCUUAUAAGUAAAAUAAAUUCGGGCAGUUUUGUAGCCACACCUCUGUAUUCCUUCAGGAUUAUAGUUAACACUGAAUGAAGGCCUUACUAGUGUGCCAAAUAUAGGAUAUUUAUCCAGAAGUCUGGCUUCAUAACUCACAGGAGAGCUGUCGUGGGAAGAUUGCUUGAACCUGGGAGGCAGAGGUUGCAGUGAGCCGAGAUUGCAACACUGCAGUCCAGCCUGGGUGACAGAGACCCUGUCUGUGUCUAAAAUAAAGAUAUAAAUGAUGUCCAAUAAAGUAUGCAUAUUUGAGCUGUAGGAUAAGUCUUGAAUUUUCUUUUUUUUUUUUUUUUUUUUUUUGGAGACAGAGUCUCACUCUGUCGCCCAGGCUGGAGUACAGUGGCGUGAUUGCAGCUCACUGGAAGCUCUGUCUCCUGGGUUCACGCCAUUCUGCGUCAGCCUCCCAAGUAGGUGGGACUACAGGUACCUGCCACCACGCCCGGCUAAUUUUUUUUGUAUUUUUAGUAGAGACGGGGUUUCACUCUGUUAGCCAGGAUGUUCUCGAUCUCCUGACCUUGUGAUCUGCCUGCCUUGGCCUCCCAAAAUUCUGCAAUUACAGGCGUGAGCCACUGCUCCUGGCUUGAAUUUUCUUAUAAUCCCAUGAAAUCAUCAUCAGAGUCACAAUAAUGAAUUUAAUCUAUCACCUUUGUAUUUACAUGGAGGCUUUAUAAAGUUUUUCUCUCUGCUGUCCAGACAACCAUUGAUUUAUUCUGCUUUAUAAUAGAGUACUUUCCAUUUUCUGGAAUUUUCUGACUGGUGUAAUAAAGUGUUUCCUCUUAUAA